CACUCUACUGUCUCUCAAAGCCCCAUCCUUGACUCUUAGCGCCUUUCGCAGAUACUCCCCCAUGUCCGCCGAACCGCAGUUUGUCGACGCCCACCUCCUCUACUUCUCUCCUCCCAAGGAUGGGUCGAAGCCCUACACUCACGUCAACAACGACCCCGUCACCGGCGAGCGGCGCAUCAAUUGGGUGCCCGAGGAGCACAUCGUGCAGAUCGAGAACCUACGCGGCAAGGAGGACUCGGUGACGCUCGACACCGCCGGCUACCACUACGGCCGCAGCCCAUCCGCUCACAAGGCGUUCACGAGCGACGACGACAUCAAGGCCGAGUACUACCCAGAGAGCAUCGAGCUCCUGAAGAAGAUCACCGGCGCCAGCCGCGUUGUGCCCUUCGACCACACCAUCCGUCGCCGUCGCCCGGGCGAGUUCGACGACUCCCCCGAGAGGCGUCAGCCCGUGCCGAACGUGCACGUCGACCAGACUGCCGCGUCGGCCACCGCGCGUGUGCAGCGACACCUCCCCGCCGAGGAGGUGCCCGCGCUCCUCGGAGGCCGUUUCCAGAUCAUCAACCUCUGGCGCCCCAUCGGGCGUCCGGCGUACGACUGGCCGCUCGCGCUGUGCGACUACCGCAGCGUCGACCCGAAGACCGACCUCGUUCCGACCGACCUCAUCUACGAGAACAUGACGGGCGAGACGAACGGCGUGCUCUUCAACCCGAACCACAAGUGGAAGUAUCUCCGGGGCAUGACGCCGGAGGAAUAUGUCCUGAUCAAGUGGUGAGAAUUUCGAAUUGUA